AGUAGAGUCUUCUUAGGCAAUAGAAAAGAAAACCAAGUCAAGUUCUCACUUUGAAGAGAAAAUAACAACGUAAAGAUGUCUGCAUCAGGAGGCAGAGGAAGCCAAGAGGAAGAGAAGAAGCCUUCUGAUCAAGGAGCACAUAUUAAUCUCAAAGUCAAGGGCCAGGAUGGUAAUGAGGUUUUCUUUAGGAUUAAAAGAAGCACUCAGCUCAAGAAACUUAUGAAUGCAUACUGUGAUCGUCAAUCUGUAGAUUUUAACUCAAUUGCUUUCUUGUUUGAUGGAAGGAGACUCCGAGCUGAACAGACCCCUGAUGAGCUAGAGAUGGAGGAUGGUGAUGAGAUAGAUGCAAUGCUGCACCAAACCGGAGGUGGACACAAGUUUCUUUAAAUGUAUGAUGAUCAUCUUCAUCAAAAUGCUUGAUAAAACGCAUGGUAUUCGGUGCUUGUUUCAAGGUUUCUAUUUUUGUAUCAUAUCUUACGAUACUAAUGUAGUAAAGUUGACAGUUUCCGAUAUGGAUUUUUCAUGUUUAUUGAAGUCUUGAUGCUUAAAAGCUGCUAUUACUGUGUUGGAUACAAUACUAUGGUCUUCACUAUUCAUUCUUGGCUUGAUGAUGAAUUUGUAUUGUGUGUUUGGAAUUUAGCUACAUCAAUAUUUUGGUAAAUAUUGUCUUGUCCACUGU